GUGUUAAUGAUUUAAUAUAUUUAUUAUUAAGGUUGCGUAGAUAUGGAGGAAAGAAAGGUUGAAUAUUUUAAGAUGCAGGAAGAGGUUUUAAAGGGAGACAGAGGAGGUAAUGUUUGUGAUUUUCCAAGGAAUAACAAAAGAAGUAAAAACCAACAAAGUGAGGGUCAAAACAGUGACUCAGAUAACAAAGGUGGAGGGAUCAAAAAAGAAACAUUCUUAACCAAACUAGAAGCAAAUAAACUGACAUCAGUUCCUCUACAAACCACAGGAAUCGAAGACUACUUCAACUCCGAUAUCUCUUUCGACUCAGAACUAUCCCACAGCAGUGGAAGUGACCACCCUGGGUUAUAAAGAAGGAAAUUACUUCAUCAGAUUGUUCUCCAGCUUCAACCAAAGUUAGCAUGAACCAAGAAAUUGUCCAAAAAUUUGACGAUGUGAGAUCUAAAAUAGCAAAUGACAAUGGAACGACUCUGAUGUUCCUAUUCGCCUCUCCUCUUAUUCAUAAGUUCGGGAACUCAAAGAAGCCAGAAGUGAUGCCUCAACUGAAUUUCAGGAAAGAGUUCAAUGAAAUAGAGUCUUGUUUGCAAGAAUGCUCGCUCAAAGUGAACUACAAGAAAAAGGUUGCUACAAUUGAUAAUCUGCCAGAUAUAAUGAUUGAUAAUCCCUCAGUGUUGCACUUCUCAGGACAUGGAGUGAGGAAUACUAAAGAAAAUAUUGGAAAAGACUACGUAUUUACAAAGAAUGAAGGUGAUAUGCUUGUCUUUGAAGAUUCCUCCCUCAAUGGAGUUCUCAUCAGUGCUAAGAAGUUGAAAGGGAUGCUUGACACCUUCAGAACUCAGAUACAAGUCGUUGUUAUCCUCUCCUGCCACUCAGAGUUUGUUGGAGAAAUCUUUGCCAAAGCUGGAAUUCCUCAUGUUGUCUGUAUCAAGCAGACUGAGAAGAUUUCUGAUGAAGCUUCUAUUGUGUUCGCUAGAAAUUUCUAUAGAACUUUGUUUCAAAGAAAUGUUUGCAACCCCUGCCAAGCAUUUGACCUUGCUGUUGAAGCUGUGAAGCUCCAAGGGCAGACCAAAAAGCUAGGAAAAGGUGAAUAUCUAAAGUUUAUUCAUAAGAAAGAUCAUGAUUCUAAGCAAUGAAGCAUUACUAUAAUGUUCAAAGAAGGCGAAGCUAAAAUGAUAAACCAGGAGCAGAAAAUCGGAAUUCCCCCUGCCAUCGUUGAGAACUUUAUCGGAAGAGAGAUAGAUAGCCAUGAAAUUAUCUCAAUGAUUAACUCAAACAGACUAGUCUGUAUAGAAGGAAUUCCAGGUAUUGGCAAAUCAGCUAUUGUCAAACAAAUCUGCAAUAUUUUGUACGAGAGACAUACUUUUAGAGAUGGAGUCCUCUAUAAUAACCUCAGAGGGUGUACAACUCUGGAAGGUGUCAUAAAGAAAGUAUACAGCACGAUCAAAAUGUUCAGAAUUGGCAGCAACCAAGGUUUUGAACAUAAAGACUUUAGCCAGGUUGAUAUUAAAGAUUUAUACUUUGAGUUGAUUCCACUUCUCAAUAGGUUGAAAAUUUUGAUAGUUCUAGAUAAUUGUAGCGAAAUAAUAGCAACGGAUUCAUCUUCAUUCACUGAAUUUAUCAAUGUUUUUCUUGAGAGAAUGCCCCAUUCAAAAAUAAUGAUAUCAUGAGAAAAGCUUCGAGAAAAUUUGAAAGAUGUUAAGAAAUGAGCUUAUAAAGUUAAAGAACUAUCUGAUAGAGAUACACAUGAGCUGAUGAAGUUAAACGCAGAUUCAAAUGAAAAAUUCUCGAAGGAGAUGAAGGAUCUUAUUUCUUAUGAUCCUUCACUUUAUGCCCAACUCAAGAAGGAUAAAUUUAAGCAUGAAAUUUUCAGAUUUCUCAAUGGCCACCCUCUGUCUAUAAAUAUUCUCUGUUCACUCAGAAAGAGUAUGACCCUACUCCAUAUUUUUCAAUUCAUUAAGAAUUUUAAAGAGGCCAAUUUCAGUGAAGAAGUUGACCCAACCACUCUAUCUCUGACGCUAAAUGUGUACACAAGUCUGGAUUCAAUUAAGAAGGAGAGCAAAGCCACAUAUGAAGCUCUGAUACUUUUGGCUAUCUCUCCUUCAGGGUUUUUAAAACAAGACCUAGAGAAAAUCUACCCUAGAGAAUGGUCUAGUUGUGAGCAAAGACUGCUUUCAAUGUCAAUGAUCCAAUCAAAACCCGUAUAUCUACGUGAUUCCUUAGAAGAAGACUCAUACUCGAUUGACUUCACUCUUUCAAAGAUGGUAAAGAUGCUAGUUCAUCCAGAUGAACUUAGUGAGGCAUACAAGCUAUUUCUGAAGACACUCGUGGAGAUAGUUUAUAAAUCGAUGACAAAAUCUAACGAAAGUGAGAACCUACUGUUGUUCUACGAGAACAGUAUUUGGUCUGUGAUGGAAAAGUAUUAUAUUGAAUCUCAGAGUAUUCUCAAGAAAAAUGAAUCAGAAUUCUUCUCUAACAAAGAAUUCACAGAAGAAAUCAUGUCUGAAAAUAAGAGUAACAAGAAUCUGAAAAGACUCAGAACUUUCAGGAACAAAAUAGGUAAUCUCAAUGGGCUCCUUCUGAGAAAGAAGCUUGGGAGUUCUGAGCUAGACUCAGCAGAAACCUCUCCUAAAAAGAAGGAAGAGACUAAAUUAGAGCCCACUGAGGAACCAACUGAGAAUAAAAAGGAGAAAGACUUCACAUUUAUCAAAGGGUUGAUGAGCAACAUCAUUUCCAAGAAAUUCUUCAAAGAAAAGACACAGAUAAAAUCACCCAAUAACAACCAAGUAAUCGAAGAAGAGAAGUCGGAUAGAGAGAAAAGAUCUGAUACAGAAGAAGACUCAACAGAAACUCCUGCAAAAACUAAAAAUCCACCAGGCAAAAAGAACUUCAUGGAUGUUCUCACUAAAUACUGCGUAAACGUUUCGAACAAGCAACCUCUAAAAGAAGGCACUGGAGGCUUAGAUAGAACAGAAAAAGAGCAGCCCGGAGCAACUAUGAACCAAUUUCUGGCUCUUCCAGUUACCAAAGACCCUUCAAAGAGCGCCAAAGACACUCCAUUGUUAAGUGAAGCAAGCAAAGAGUCAUUCAUAGAGACUGAAAUUAAAAAGGUAUCUUCCCACGGAAAGCCAGCGUUAUCAAAAGCUGCUUUUUCAAAAUUCAAAAUUCCAGAUAAGAACUUUGAAGAAUAUGAGAAAAUUCUGAUUUUCUACACUGCAAAUCUAAUAAUCCGGAACCAAUCGUCUGAAUGUUUUAAAGUAAUCCAGAAGUAUGGCUUGAACUGUGCUGAGGAGGCUGACCUUCAGUCCCAGUUGUACCUAACCAGGAACAUAAUGGAUAAGAACUACUCCUCAGCUCUGUCUAGGCUGGGCCAGUCCAGCAUGCACUAUCUGUUCAGUGUAGCUUUGUACCGAUCAAAGGAUCUUGAUUUUGACAUUGACUUCGCACUACAAGAGAUUGAUGAAGCGAUCAAGAUCUUGAAGCAGACUAGUAGAGACACAUCAUUCCGUAAUGAUGGCCUAGCAGUAUGCUAUUUAUGGAGAGCCUUCCUGAUUUCAGAAAGUGAUCAUGAGUUUUCAGAGGAUGAAGAAGAAUUAAGAGACACUGACAAAAACCUCGAUUUAUUCCACUCACACAUCCUCCACUCCAAACUCCUCCCCUCAUCUUCCAAAUUCAAACAACUCAUCACCCAGAUCAGACUUCCUUCCUCUUCAGAAUCCUCUCUGAACCUAGACAUUUUCGUUGAGUUAAUUCUUAAAGUCCAAGACAGCCGCUUCGAGCCUCGAAGCUUCGCUACUCUAUUCCAAUCCCGCCGUAGCCACCUGAGUAGCAGUACACUAAAAUCUGCGUACAAUAAGUCUCCUUCAGAACGGAAGGCUCUAAAACCCCAAUUAGAGGUGAGCAAGGCCCAAAGGAGGCUAAGCAAAAUGAUUAGUAAUAAGAUGACAGUGGUCAGAGGUAGAACAGGGGUGAAAGAGAUUAAUCAGGCGAAGAGUUUGAAAGUGGGGGAUCAGUGGAAAGAGAAUGGCCCAGGUGAAGAAAGUCAAUCACAAAAUUCGAUGGAUUCAUCAAGCACUCCGAAAGCUUAUCAAACUGUCCGUGGACUGCCGAUACCUAGAUCAUCAUACUAUAAUUCAAGAAAACCUUAUUUUUCUCAGCAAAAGCCUCUCAACUUUACAAUAGUUCCAAGAAGGAAUUCAAAGACUGAUAAUCUAAAGACAGGUAGGCAGUCAUUAAGCAGUGGAUCUGGCUUCAAAUAUCCUAAGAAACAACAAAGACUCAAAGAAUACACCAUGAAAACUUACGAUCAGCACAGCAGUAUAAUGCCUAACCAAGUAAUGCCCAGUAGCACAAAGCAUAAUACUCAAAACUUCCAGCCUGAAAAUACCAAUCCCUCACCUAUGAGUGAUUUCGAGAGAGGAAAGAACCAGAUCUUAGCCCAAAUAUACCAGCUCAUCAAGAAUGAGAAGCUUGGGCUGAGCACCUUAUCUGUAACCACUGAGGAGAAGUCUACUCAGACUAAUUUAUUUUAA